AUGGCAUUCAUUUGGCAGCCAAUUGUUCCUCGUGUCCCACAGGAAGCUCUCAAUGCGAGGCAGCGGAAGCAGGUGUACAUGAGCUCGAAUGUUUUCGAGGCAGGGUCACCUUCCCAAACGAACAUGUACCAUCCGACUUCGCAGCGUCAAGCCCUGGCAAAAGUUCAACAGCAGAUGUGCCAUCGCCCCCAAACACAGGCAUAUGUGUUCCCGAAUCAUCGCGACAUAAAAGACAGGGAUGAGUCGCACAUGGCGAGCGAUGAGCUCUUCGCCUCCUUCCUGGCAGAGGUCGAGGCUGAGGCAAACGAGCCAGCUGAGCCACCGAAUAAACGUUUCCGGACUGAGAAAGAGGCAGCAGGCGAGAGGCAGCAAAUUGCCGAGACCCUCCGAAAGGCCGCCUUUCACGGGCAGCUGUCCAAAGUGCGACAAGUGCUUCAAGGUCUCGACUGCGUUGAUCGGUUGCUCCUGGUGGAUUCGUCUGAAUCCGAUGGCCUCACAGCGCUGCAUUUGGCGACCAUUGGAGGUCACAAUGCCAUUUGUGAUGCUUUGCUCGGGGGUCGUGCCGACAUAGAUGCACGAAGCAGCCAACAAGACACACCCCUGAUGUGGGCAGCACAUCUUGGUCAUAGUUCAGUCUGUCAGCUGCUGCUCCACAAAGGAGCUGAUGCUUCUUUGCGGAAUGCUGCGGGCCAGACCGCAGCAAUGCAGGCGCAGCAUAAGGGCUUUCGGAAGAUCAAAGACAUACUGGAAAGCCAUGUUGCCAAGCCACCCACAGGUGCACAAACUGAUCCAUCCGCUGCCCGUCGCGCAGCAAACCUUGCAGCCGUGGCUGCAGCAGUGCGAGAGGAAGCAGAACGUAAAGAGGAGGACCAGUUCUGGUCCAAGAUUCGUGAACGCAGAGAGCGACGCGAAGCUGAAGGGGACAAAGAAGAUUUCAAGGAAUUUCUUGCAUCUACUGCCCACCGCUUCGCAAAGCAGGAGACUGCACCGAAGCCCUCCAUUCCUGGGCACAUGCGUCGGCACUAUGCUUUGCUGGAAAUUGGUGUGGAUGCAUCAGAAAUCGAUGUUCGCAAAGCCUACCGCAAGCUGGCCCUUCGGCAUCAUCCAGACAAGAAUCCACACGAUCCAGAUGGUGCCACAAAGCGCUUUGCAGAGGUUGCCGUGGCCUAUGAGACCAUUUGUGGCUACCUCACAAAGGCUCUGCCCUUUGGAAGUGCAACUCCUGUCCCGCAAGGGAGCUUGGCAGUUGCUACAACACCUGUGGUGCGUUUCGGUGAUCGAAGUCCGCCCAUUCAAGUCGUCAUAGCCAAUCGUGAAGAAGGUGGUCUUCCAAGAGAGUACUGGGGCUCCACCAGCAACCUGGCAUGGACAGACUUACGCGGAGAACGUUUGCGAAAGCAGACGCAUGGGGAAGAGCAAGGCAACUCUGUUUGGUUUGUUUCGUGGCAACAUGCUGGACACAUCAAGGCCCUGUGUCCCAUUGCACGCGAGCUUCAGCGAAGAGGCCGUGAGGUGAGAGUCGUCGUGCAUGAGGAGGUUCGCCAUUUGGUGCCCAAGGGUCUGAUCGCCUUGAGUGCAGGGCCUUUGCCAUGGUCGUGGGAGGAGGAGUUGCAGUUCCGACAAGUGCUUUGGGACCCAUCGCCUGAGGGAAGUCCGGAGGAUGGUGCUAGAAAAGCCGACCUGUCAGAACGCUACUUCAACGGUAGCCAGCAGAGCCUUCUGCGAGGCUUAAAUGAGAGCCUCCAUCUCCUUCCACGGGACCAGUGGCCUGGUCUUCUCGCAAUCGAUGUCUCCUCUGUGGGCGCUAUGGAUUUGGCCGAGAAGCUGGCUCUGCGCUUCGCAGUGAUCUCAGCCUGGCCAGUUGGACCCACUUUACAGUCUAUCGGAGAGCCGAGCACAAUGCCUUGGAUGCCCUCCGAACUCUUUGCCUUCACGCAAUCAGCUCAUCAGCAGUCGUUCUCGGAUCGCCUGAAACGCGACCUCUUCAAUCGCGCUCUUCCGUGGUUCAUGUCCUGGGCCGGCUUCCAUGAGCCAAGGCGCCAAAUCCGCCGUGCGUUGGACUUGAAGCCGCUGGAGCUGUUGGAAGCGCCCAGCACUGCUGCAAAUGGAGGCCGCCCUCUUCUUUGUAUCCUCUCCCACUGGGGCCUUGAUCGCCCGCGGCCCCUGCCACCUCGAGUAGUUCUUGUUGGACCAGUGGAUGACUAUUCCGCUGCAGUCGAAGAAGCUGCAGAGCUGCCAAAGCAUGUAGAAGAAUGGCUGGAAAGUGGAAAGACUGUCUAUGUCUCCUUUGGCACCAACGUGAAACCGAAGCAACAGGUUUUCCGCUCCAUCUUGGGUGCAGCCCAGCAAGUGGGAGAGGAGGUGAAGUUUCUUUGGGAUGCGGAUGAGCAGGAAGUCCAGGCCCUCCUGAACGGUCCUGAGUCGGCACAUGCAGUGGCAUUCCCUGGGAAUGUACACUUUGCGCGUGUGCCCCAAAUUCGGGUGCUGCGUCGUGCAGCGGCUUUCAUCACCCAUUGCGGUCUGAACUCCGUGCAUGAGGCUUUGCAUUUUGGAGUGCCGAUGUUGGGUUUGCCCUUUCUGGGAGAUCAGCUUGUGACUGCCAGGCUUAUUGUUGAAAUCGGUGCUGGACUGCGCCUGUCGGUGCCAGCAAUCGAAGCUGAGCAAGUUCGAGAGGCUGUGCAAAAUCUUCUGAGAACUGCUAGUUUUGCCGUCGCAGCUGCGCGUGCGGGACGCAUUGGCAGCCUUGCAGGUGGAGCUCCCUCAGCUGCAAACUCCUUGGAGAUGGCGAUGGAAGGAGUUGAUCACCUGGAAAUGCUGGUGGAGCAGUGGCCAGAAGCUGCUCGGCUGUGGGAUGUUCAGCUGGCCCUGUUGCUGGCUUUGGCGGUGACUCUCGUGGCCAGCUAUCUGUGUUGCUGUGCUGUGCCGUUCUCUGUCGACGCGCCAAGUGCGGCAUUGCCAAGUAGCAGCAGUGAAAAGAUUGGUCCGCCCAAGAGCAACAGGAAGAAGCGUGCUUAA